AUGUCCGGUCUGUCGACUCGGUGUGUUCUUGUGCUGGGGGUGUUUGUAAUGUUGGGGUCGGAGGGGCGCUGUGAUUUUACACAGUCACAUUGUGGAGCUUAUUCACCCGGGGACGUCGUCAUCGGGAUUGUUGGGUCAAUCAAUUCAAAAGUGAAAGAUCUGCAGAAUCGGACUCGGCCAGAGGAAUACACCUGCACAGACUUAGACCUAAUAGCGUUCGUGCAGUCUCUAGCUGUGAUUCACACCAUCGAAACGAUCAAUAACUCCAGCUUUCUCCCCGGAAUAAAACUCGGAUACCUGAUGUGCGAUCCAUGUGGGUACGGGACCAAAGCGCUAGACUGUGUGGAACACAUGCUUGCUGUUAACGGGUCGUCCGCAGUCCUGUCUGACUAUUCCCAGUUCAAGCCACCCAUCAAAGUGGUUUUGGGAGAAAGAUACUCGGAAUUGUCCAUUCCUGUCGCCAGACUGCUCAGCCUGUACAUGAUUCCACAGAUAAGUUGUACGUCCACCGCACCAGCGCUGAGCGACAAGUUACGUUAUCCGUCCUUCCUUCGCGUUGUUCCGAGUGAUAUUUACCAAACCAAGGCACUGGUGGAGUUAAUUAAGCGCUUCGAGUGGGACUGGGUCGGGGUGGUGACUCUAGACGAUGACUACGGCCGAGCCGUCCUCGAGAUGUUUCUGCAGGAUGCAAAAGAAAAAACAGUGUGUGUACGUUUCCAAGAGGUGCUACCGAACUACCUCGGUUUCAUAAACAUCACGCAGAGCAUCAAGCAAGCGGCUGAUACAAUUCAGAACAGGUCAGAUGUCAACGUCGUGCUGCUCAUUCUGAGACCAGAACUGGUGGAGAUGCUCUUCAAAGAGAUGAUCAGAAGGAAAAUUACUCGGACCUGGAUCGCCGGCGACGCCUGGUCUACCACACGUUUCCUAAUGAAGAUGAAGGAUAUAAACAAAGUGGGGGACAUAUUUGGGUUUACCUUCGUCACUGGGAACAUCCCGGGGUUUGAGGACUACCUGAGAAACUUAAGACCGAGCCCAGGGGCCAGGAAUGAUUUUAUCAGGGAGUACAAGCACAUGAGGUUCAACUGCACCCAGGGUCAGAAAUCUGAGCACACAUCACCCUCAGCCUGCAAUGUCACGGACCCCCAGGAGGCCAAUGAUGAUUAUCUGGUUGAUACCGUGGAUAUGACAGAAGCUUACAGUCAGAGAGUGGCGGUGUAUGCCAUCGUUCACGCCAUCAGGGAACUCCUCAACUGCAGCGACACUUCCUGCUCUGGAGACGCAGACUUCCUUCCUUGGAAGCUGUUAAGCAUUCUACGCCAUGUGAAAUUCAGCGUGGACAACCAGACACUUUCCUUUAACGACCAGGGGGAUUUUGAAAGCGGAUACGACCUUGUCAUGUGGAAGAAGAGUGGUGACGACAGGGUGCUCGACGUGGUGGGAAAAUUCCUCAUCAGAAAUGGGACAGUGGAGGUCAAUGAGAGCAAAAUCCAGUGGUCCAACAACACGGUGCCCAUCUCAAAGUGUUUAAAGACCUGCAAGCCUGGAGAAUUUAAGAUAUUAGAACUUUCCACCUGCUGCUAUGAAUGUAAGAAGUGUGAUCCUGGAUUUUACUACGUUUCAGAGGAUCAAGCAAAGUGUCAAAAGUGUCCAGAUGGAACUCAUUCUCUUUCGGGUUCUGUGGAAUGUACAAAAUGGGAGAUUCAGUUUUUGGAGUGGUCCUCAGGGUACUCCAUCGUGGUGUUGAUUGGAACAGUGGUAGGAAUCCUGCUGCUGGUAUCAUCACUGAUCUAUUUCAUCCUACACAGGAACAAUUCCAUAAUCGAGGACAACAUCAUCUUGUCUUGUAUUAUGAUGUUUGGCCUGAUGGUGAGUUUCGGAGGUCUGAUUCUCUUUUUAGGCUGGCCCAGCGACCACCACUGCAGGGCCCAGCAGGUCAUGUAUGGUCUGGGCUUCACCCUCUGUGUGUCGUGCAUUCUCACGAAAGCUUUUGUGUCGUUCUUAGCCAUCAUGUCCAUCAGCCCUGAGAGGCAGCGCUUCUUCAGUAAAUUUAACAAGCGUUAUAUCAUCAUCGCUUUACUGACUGGUGCUCAGGUUCUGGUUUUUCUGUUCUGGUUCAUAUUCGGUUCUCCGAAGGUUGAAGAGAAGGAGUUACCUGAGUCAAUUAUUAAAAUCCGUCAGUGCACUCAGGGCUCUCUGGUCGGCUUCGGAGCGAUGCAUGUCUACAUUGCGGUUCUAGCCGUGGUUUGCUUCCUCUUAGCCUUCAAAGGAAAAGUGGACGAUACUGAGCCAAUAGUCUUCAGCAUGCUCUUUCAUUUGUUCGUCUGGCUUUGUUCAAUUCCACUCUUCAUCACCCAAACGGAUCAGCGCACCCUCAUCCAGGUCUCUGCCAUGAUGGUCUCCAACUAUGGCGUCAUCGUCUGCCACGUCCUCCCGAAGUGGUAUAAAAUAAUCUCGAAAAAGAUCCAUGACACGAAGCCAAAACUGGACCAUGACAUGAGCGAAACAUCUGAGGACUCAGGGCUUAGUCCUGAAGAAGAGUUACCUUCACCCAGAGCAUCUUCACAAGCCCAACUUUGGCCUGAAGAUGCUGACAACAACAUGAUGUAA